AUGGCAAGCCACUAUAUCCGACCAGCAUCCACACUCCUCCACUCGGCCAGCCGCGCCGCUGGACCCACGAGGAGUACCAGUACAUGGAUGCGCAGGUUGCAAGCAGCUCAACCGGCACAAUCCCAUGGUCAUCUCCCCUCAGCACCCAUCCGCCCGUUCUCGUCGCCUGGCCCCAGGCCACAACCUUCACCGGUAGCACCGUCGAGCGACGCGCUCGUCCAGCUAGCCCAGAACCGGCGCUCCAUCUAUAAGCUGGGCAAGACCAGCCCCGUGCCAGACUCCAAGGUCGAGGAGCUGGUCAAUGCGGCCAUUCUGAAUGUCCCCAGUGCCUUCAACACACAGUCCACGCGUCUGGUCGUGCUGCUGCAUGCCGAGCAUGAGCGGCUGUGGGAUAUUGCCAUUGACGCCUUUGGCAUGCUCGUGCAGACGGGUGCCGUGCCUGAAGAGCUGUGGAAGAACCAGACUCUCCCGAAGCUGCGGGGGUUCCAGAAUGCCGUUGGUACGAUCCUCUUUUAUGAAGACCCAACCCAUAUCCAGCCCUUCCAAGACAAAUUCCCCGUGUUCAAACACCACUUCCAGCCGUGGGCGGACCAAUCCAAUGCCAUGCACCAGUACUUCUUGUGGACCGCCCUCGAAGGCGUCGGCUUCGGCGCCAACCUGCAGCACUACAACCCGCUCAUCGACGCCCCCGUCGCCAAGCAAUGGGGUCUGCCCAGCGAGUGGAGGCUCGUCGCACAGCUCGUCUUUGGGAGUCCCGAGGCGCCGGCCGGCGAGAAGACGCGGACGCCGGCUGAGGAGCGAGUCAAGAUCUUUGGCAAGCAGUAG